AUGGCAAUUAAGACCAGCUACCUUAUCCUGUUGUCGAGACAAGGCAAAGUGCGUCUAGCAAAAUGGUUCAUCACUCUUUCCCCCAAAGAUAAGGCAAAAAUCAUCAAGGAUGUUUCUCAGCUCGUCCUCUCCCGACGCACUCGCAUGUGCAACUUUCUCGAAUACAAAGAUUCCAAGGUAGUCUACCGACGAUAUGCAUCCUUGUUCUUUAUCGCUGGCUGCUCCUCUACCGACAAUGAGCUCAUAACCCUGGAAAUUGUCCAUCGAUAUGUCGAACAGAUGGAUAAGUACUACGGCAAUGUCUGUGAACUAGAUAUUAUUUUCAAUUUCCAAAAGGCAUAUUUCAUCCUCGACGAGCUGCUGCUCGCCGGAGAGAUGCAGGAGAGUAGCAAGAAGAAUGUCUUGCGAUGCAUCAGCCAACAGGACAGCUUGGAGGAUAUGGAGGUAAGUCCUUUUUAA